AUGGAACACCAUGCCCCAUCAUGGGACUCCUUGCAUGCCCUCAUCGACUUGUGUGCUGGAUUUGGGGUGCUCUCACAAGGCAUAGCUGCAGGUUUUGAAGUUGCGGUUCCACGUAUGAUGGAGCUUUAUGCUAAGGUGAGUGAUGCACCCCAGUUGCGUGGAGAUUUUGGGGAAUCAAGAGUCUUGUAUGAGAUUUGGCAGAAAGCAGGGCAGAUGGAAGUCGAGUCCAUAUCACUGAAUGUGCGAUCUAUCAGUGUUGAUCAUGUCAUGGAAGUUGGCCAGCUCACAGCCACCAAACCCGCUCAAAUCAAGGAUGAACAGCAGGCAGUUGGCGAGAUCUCAGCCACAGUCAUGGUCCUGUGUGGGGCCAUGGCCAUUAGUUUCCUGGCACACGUGACUCGAGACCCUUGCCCAGAGAUGAGCAGGCCAGAGGCUCAUUCCCCACGAGCUGAUUGCCAGUAUGUUAGAGGUCAAGCCGAACGGGGCUUGGUCAAAGAGGAAUCCAGGAUAAUCCAGGCUACUCCCGAGAAUGCCUGUGGUAGGUGCACUCACGCAUUGCCUUUGGUCCCACCACCAUGGUUUGUAGCUGAGAAAGUUUUUGACACGGUCAUGCUGGCGUUCCGUGCUUUUGAAAGUGAGUUGCGCAAGGAUGCACUGGACUUCAGACCCAUCACGGUACUUGGCCUCCUUUCCCGUUGCUGGGGCACACAAAAUGCCAAGAAGGCAAUCCGGUUCAGAAGCUUCAAUGGGCCGUUAGCCGUGAAGUUGGUCAGUCUGAAGAGAGAGGCUAGCAACUGUGGAUCGUUGGAUGCUGAAAUGCUCCGCUACCACAUUUCGGAGGCAGUCGAAGGCAAUAGGCAAUGUCCAGCGGGAGGCUUUCAAAUCACAGGACUGUGCCCUGUGCCUUUUGGGGACAUCGUCGCAGCGCCCAACCAGAUUGCCAUGGCGAAAAUCGACCCAGUUGCCCUCUUCGCGAAAGACUUUAAGGUCUUUCGGAAGGUGGUUCAGGAAUGUCCAAAAGAGUUUGAGAGGAUGAUUGAACGCCGACGCGAGCACAUGGAAAAGAGAACGGAGAAUCAGCUUGUCACUAUGAUGUUCAAUAUUGACAGGUCUGAUCCAGAUAGGACCGAUGGAUUUCCUGAGGUCCACAAGUCAAUGAGUUGUGAUUUCUCGCGCGAGACAACGGCAGAGAGUCGUGUCGAAUGCAGGCUCCGUAUGGUUGAUCAGAGCGUUCUGUCCUUGUGA